GGGACACGCCGCGCUUUCAUUGACAGAACAUCGUCAAGAACACAUUUGAACAGCACGGAUGGACCGAGCAACUGAACAGCGACUCAAGUCCAUCUAAUAUCAACCAUGCUCCCGCCAAUUGACAGCUCCGUACUCAAAAAUAACCCCCAGUUCGCAAACCUCUACAAGGGCUUGACGGAGCUCAUCCUCAACGAUGAUGGCUCAACCAAGCUUCAUCCACAGAAUCCAGUGGCCCAAGAGCGCAAGGCAGUCACUGAAGAACUAAACAAACAUCGCCUUGCCGCCACCACUGAAAACCUCCUCAUCCACGCCCUGUUAACCACCAGUCCCGAUCCCAUCCCCAUUUCGGCGAAACCAGAGUUCAACCAAAAUCCUUCACUUUCAAGUGGUCUCCAACCACUACUCAUUAUUCCACCCAACCUCAAACAACCACUAACCGACCUCCUCCUUCUUCUCCCCUCUUUCCUCUCUCUAGACUUUUCCUCACCCGAAACCCCCCCUCUAGACUCCGACUCCCUCUUACUAAUCCUAACCUCCCCUCCCCUUUCCCUUCUUCCUACCCUCUUACCGUACCUCGGUCCCCUCCUAUCAACAACCCUCCACUCUCAAGCUUCCCACCUCGUCCACCUCGCCAAUCACCUUUCUCAUUCCUCAAUUACUAGUAGUACCACCUCCUCCAAUCCAACCACACCCCAUCUCACGAUCCCCACCCUCCCAACCACCAUCUCCUCCAUCACAUCAACCCUACCCCACCUCCACUCCUCAAUCCUCCACUCCCGUCUCAACACAGCCGAAGCAGUCUGCGACCUCCUCUCCCAAUACUCUACGGCUUUCACCCUCCUAAUCAAGACUCUCGAAGCCAAACAUGGUCCUAUAGCGCGCAGUCUCGAAUUUAAGGCAGGCGAGACUGCUUUACUAGCGCAAAAGGUAGAGAAGGAGAGCGAACUUGCUGUGUUGGGGGUAAGAAGGGAGGUGUAUACGCCUGAAGUUAAAAGGGCAUUAAGGGAGUGUAAGGAGUGGUUGGUUGGUGAGCAGCAAGGGUUGAGAGAUGAGAUUAGAAGGGGGGAGGAGGUGCUGGGGGAUAUGGUGUUGAGGUUCAUAUUGAGGGAGAGGGAGAGGGGGGAGAGAAAAGGGGAGACGCGGAAAAGGAAAAGGUGAUGAGGGAGAUUGCGAGGGUUUAUGGCGAGAUAGAGAGGGAGGUGGAUGUUGUAAGGAGGGAUUUGGAGCGGUUGGGUUUGAAAGGGGUGAGUGAUUCUGGGUAAUGGG